AUGUUACCAAUGCCAACUGAUCAAUUCGUUGACCCUACAAAGAUGAGCCAACCUGACAAGGAAAAUCCAAUUCUUACCCAGACUGGGGAAGAAGUAUCGGAUUACAUGCAUCAACUCGACGGCAAAGGUCAUGCCCUGCUGGAUACCUCCACCGCCUCAGUGAAGUAUGACGAAUACGCUCACAAAUGGAAAGCCCAGGAGUUUCCCACAAUGACGAAUGAUAGCAAUAUUGACUAUUACGACCUCUACCAAGACUGCUUUGAAAUCAGAGAUAGUUUGAUUGCUACCAUCAAUAAGUUCCGAAGUGCACACGGGCAAGAUCUAUUUAUUGAAUCGAAACCAGAGACUCGGGCUGGGGUCCAAGAAGCAGUCCAUCGAUUCCACGACCUGCUUCGAUCUCGAUCAAAUAGUCUAGAUGAGACUAACUCUGCUGAGAGACUGAGAAAAGCAUACGAUAACCCAACCGACGACAGCUUUGAUUUCAUCAGUUUUCUCUCAAAAUAUACGCCAUCUCGAUUUCUCUUGACUUCAGUUUUGUGUGCCGGGUUGAAGACAUUGCUCGCGGCAAUGAGAGUCAACAUGUACCAAGCCUGCCCAUUACGCAAGAUCCUUGAAGAAUUGCCCGGCAUUCUGAAUCGUCCAACUAGUUUCAUCGAGGUACUUGGAGCAGAUGAAGAGUUUCACCGCAAAAUAUCCGCUGUCUACAGCUGUGUGCUGAAAUUAUUACGAGUGUCUUUGAAAUUAUUCGUUGGGUCAACAGACAGCUCAAGGCUGGAGAAGCUUGUUGAUCGUGUGGCGAUGUUAAAGAUGAGGGCAAAGAAGCUACAUAGCUAUGCUUCCAGUGUUUCUUAUCUAAAACUAAAGGAGCUGCAAGUUCUGCAAGAGCGAAACCUAUUCGUGAGUAGUCUAAGCCUCAGGGCACAAGAUGAGCUCAAACAAAGACUUGAUGAAACACUUCAGCGCGUAAUGGCGCUGGAGGGCCUGAAGGAAAUCUUGAUCGACGACAGGAGGAGAGAUCUCGAACAACUCCGGGCUAAGACCCCGGACCGACCUGAACAUGAGGGUGGGGAUGUAGACGAAGCACAAAAAGAGCUCCCAACAAAAGUGACUCAAGAGAGGGCCAUCGACACCGCGGUAGGCAAAUCAUCCGAGAAUGCACCGGAUGAGGGGCCAACCAUACAGCAGAUUCUAGAGUUACUGGAGUAUGAUCCUGCAAUUAUGCCCAGCGACUGCUCCAAGCUGCUGAGGAUUCAGCCAAUGUCAGCGGGCCUAAAAAGCAGCAGGAUGCUAUAUGUGGUUAACAACAUUCGGCUAAGAGCAUGGCUUGAGGUAGAUGAAUCAUCACUUCUGCUCAUCAAUGGCGGCGGAGAUUCUUCCCCUAUCUCGGAGGUCUCGUACAUCACUGCCAGAUUGGCGGAGUCAUUUAUCACGGUUGCACGCCCAGCUAAACAGAUCAUGGCCAUGGCGUACUUCUGUGGCCAACACCGCCAUACAGGAUCAGACGUUUACGCGUCUCCUACGGAGAUGGGCAUGAACCUCCUGUGUCAGCUCAUCGACAAUGGCAAGGAAUUCUUUGCGUCUGAAAUUGUCCUUGACGUUUUAGAUGGAUUAGAGCCAUCUGAAAUGGCUACUAUAUGCAAUUCGAUCGAACGGCUUCUAGCGCUCCUCAGAAACAGCGUAGUAGUUUUCCUUGUUAUUGAAGGCCUCAACUUCUUCUCAUACCCCGCCAGUCGCCAAGCAGAAACUAGGGAGCUACUAGGCCGCCUCAUCUCCAUUCAACGGAGAACAGAAUCAGCCACGAUCAAACUUCUGUUCACGUGCCCGUCUAGGGUCUUAUUCCUGGAGGACAUGAUUGGGAGCUCUGAAAUUAUGACUGUACCUCGGAGCCCACCUGACCUGGGAGUUUGGAAAGACAGCGCGUUCAGCAAACUGUUUGAUGAGGUGUUGAGUGACCCGGAUGAUAGCUCGGACGAUAGUCAAGACGAGUCCAGCGAGUCAACAACAGAAAACUCCUUAAAAUAG